AUGGCCAAAGCAAUAUCACCUGAACCAGAAGCCCUUGAACCAGCACAUCACUUGGUUGGGGAUGAAACCCGCGAAAGCCUCCGCCAGGCGGGAAUCACAGAGAAUGCACCAGCCACACUAUACAACUACCCCGAAGUAGGACAGAAAGGAGACCCGAUGUUCCCAGAAGAAUAUGUCGUCGAAACUCAAACCGGCCUCGUUCCACAAAAGACCCUGGAGCAGAUGCGAUCGCACUGCUCGACACCGACGACCCAGGCACCCCGAGACAACAACACCGACUUGGAGAAAGGGCCCAAGGAGCCUGCGGAAUUUGUGACAUUCACCAUCGAUGAUCCCGAGCACCCGUAUAAUUGGUCGCGUGGUUAUCGAUGGUACAUCACCCUGGUCGCGUCUGCACUCGUCGUCUGCGUUGCUUACGGCUCAUCGAUUGUUACGGGUGGUCUGGGUUUAAUCGAAGAGCAAUACAACGUCUCUCUCGAGGUGGCGAUUCUUACAUGUUCAAUUAUGGUCUGUGGCUUUGCAGUCGGGCCUCUACUCUGGUCUCCGCUCUCUGAAAUCAUCGGACGAAGACCGGUAUACAUCAUCUCGAUUAGUCUUUAUGUGAUCUUCAAUAUUCCAUGCGCCCUUUCGCCUAAUAUCGGCGGCCUUCUCGUCUGCCGGUUCCUCUGCGGCGUAUUCUCCAGUUCAGGCCUUUCUCUCGCUGGUGGCACUAUCGCAGAUAUCUGGAGCAUCGAGGAGCGUGGAAUGGCUAUUGCUUAUUUCGCCGCUGCACCCUAUUGCGGCCCUGUCAUCGGACCAAUUGUGACCGGAUGGAUAAAUGUCGGCACCGGUCGACUGGACCUUUUCUUCUGGACAAAUAUGGCCUUCGCAGGCGUCAUCAUGAUCAUGGUCGGCGCCAUCCCCGAGACAUAUGCCCCAGUGAUUCUUAAGAGGCGCGCCGCGAAGCUGCGCAAGGAAACCGGAAACCCGUACAUCGUCACAGAGCAAGAGCAGCACAAGCCUUCGCUGAGCGAUAUUGCUCGCACAAUGCUGAUCCGCCCCGUCACAAUGAUCAUGACCGAGCCCGUCCUCGACCUGAUGUGCAUGUACAUCAUCCUCAUCUACUCGAUGCUCUACGCCUUCUUCUUCGCAUACCCCGUUAUCUUCGGAAGACUCUACAACUACAACGACGGCCAGAUCGGACUGAUGUUCAUUCCGAUUCUAAUUGGCGCGGGCAUUUCACUACUCGUGACUCCAGCCAUCGAGAAACAGUUCGUAAAAGUCUGUCAAUCGCGAGCCCCAACGCCCGAAGACCGACUCCUCGCAUCGCUAUUUGGUGCGCCUUUUAUUCCCAUCGCCUUCUUCCUGCUCGGCGCGACCUCCUACACGCACAUAAUCUGGGUGGGGCCUGCUUCGUCUGGAAUUGCGUUCGGAUUCGGCAUGGUGCUCUGCUACUAUGCUGUGAAUAACUACCUGAUCGAUGCGUAUCAGAAAUAUGCGGCGUCGGCACUGGCGGCUAAGGUUUUUUUGAGAUCGGGUGGUGGUGCUGCGUUCCCGCUUUUCAUUACGCAGAUGUAUGAUCGUCUGGGUUUGCAGUGGGCUUCGUGGUUGCUUGCUUUCAUUGGUGUGGGGAUGGUUUUUAUUCCUUUCGGCUUUUACUUUUAUGGUCUUAAGCUUCGGGCGAAGCUUACUAGGGAUUGA